GUCCACCUUUUCGAUAUGAUCGUGACGUAUCCGGGUGGAAGUUGAAACAAGGAAGAGGGGUGUUGCUAGUUGAAGCCUUGAAAUAUACCCUAACGUUGCACUUGCUGAAUUGAAGUCGACAUAUUUAAAGAAUGGAUUUAAACAGUAUCCUCUCCCAACUCGAGAAUGGCAAUGAAGAGGAAAUUGAAACGCUUUUGCACCAGUACAACGGAGAGAAUAAUGGCACAUUUACCUUUGACCCAAAAGAGGAAGACAUACGAAGUAGGUUGUGUCAGGGCCUACUGAGUGUCUUGGGGAGGCAGAUUGGGCCCCGUUGCCAGAGCACCUGCCUCGAGACCCUUCGUAUCCUGUCCCGGGAUAAGCGUGUCCUGGGUCCUGUUGGCACCCGGGAGGGCAUGCUUGUCUUGGCUGGGCUGGCUCGAUUGCGAGGAGCUGAGGAGGGAGGUGACAGCCUGCAGAAGGAGGCCCAGACAGAGGAGGAAGAGAGGGUUGUGGUGGAGGCACUCAAGUGCCUGUGUAACGUGGUGUACAACAGCGCGGCGGCGCAGCAGGUGGGUGCCGAUGUGCAACUGGCACGGGGUCUGUGUGCCCGCCUGCACGCCGCCCGUGCCGGGCGUCACGAGGUGGGCCUGUUCUCCCUGCGCCUGCUCUUCCUUCUCUCUGCACUGCGGCCAGAUGUCCGCGGAGGCCUGCGGAGGGAGCUGCGUGCCGUGGGACUCCUCACAGAGGUGCUGGAGCACACCCUGGAUGUUCGCUGGGUGGGCCCCUAUGAGGCGGCCCCUCCUGACCCCCAGGCUCAGCCUAUCCCCACUGAAGACAAUGAGAGGGCCAUGGAGGCCCUUAAAGCCCUGUUCAACCUCACGUUGUCCGACUCUAGUGAUGAGGAUGGUGACCACCAGCUCCGUCUCAUCACUGCCAUCAUGCGCCAUGUAUUGAUGCUAAAGACUCAAACGGAGGACAAAACAGAGGAGGCACACAGCCACGCUAUCAACCUGCUGAGCAACCUGCCUGUGUCUUGUCUGGAUGUGUUAAUUAACGUGCCUGUCCAGGGCGGGCAGGAGGAGUACCAUGGUAAGAACAUGGAGGCUGUGCAGGUGCUGCUGGACUUCAUGGAGAAGAGGAUCGACAAGCAGGGUGCCAACUUCAAAGAGGGGCUGACCCCAGUGCUAAGCCUGCUGACCGAGGGCUCCAGGCACCACAGGGAGAUCCGCAGAUACAUCAAGAAACAGGUGCUGCCCCCUCUGAAGGAGGUCAAGGUUAGGCCGGAGAUUGGGUCCACUGUCAGGAACAAGCUAGUGCGCCUCAUGACCCAUGUGGACAUGGGGGUGAAGCAGAGCGCUGCCGAGUUCCUCUUUGUCCUCUGUAAAGAGAGCGUGGACAACCUGUUGAAGUACACGGGCUAUGGAAACGCAGCGGGGCUGCUGGUGGCACGGGGCCUUUUGGCAGGAGGGCGAGGGGAGACGCAGUACUCAGAAGACGAAGACUCGGACACAGAGGAAUACAAAUCGGCUAAACCCUACAUCAACCCCAUCACAGGCCACGUGGAGGAGCCCAUGCCAAACCCCAUAGAAGAGAUGACUGAGGAACAGAAAGAGUACGAGGCCCAGAAACUAGUCAACAUGUUUGACAAAUUAUCAAGGCAGGAGCUGAUUAGGCCCAUGGGGGUGAGAAAGGAUGGCACUCUGGCACCCCUGGAGGAGGCUCUGCACCAGGCCGCACCAGACAGCUGCAGUUCAGACUCAGACUAGAGCCACGACUAUUCAGACCGGUGCCGGUACACCCGCCGUAGGCUGUGUCCCCCCGCAGAUGUCCCCUCCCUCACUCCACGCCUGUCUGUCAGAGACUUAAGGGGUGUUCCUGAACCCCAGCCUUUCCUCAUAGGCUGUUGUGUACUAUAAAGCUGACUUGAUGAAAGAAAGAAACAAAGCUUACUUAAGGCUGACUCAAUCGGACCUAGGAAAGAACAGGGUUAGCACAAGCUCCAAAUGCCAUUGUUGCUUCUUUCAUGUUUUGAUUUUAUUGGAUGUACCAUUUCUCAGCUCACACCUCCCAUUUGAUUGGAUGGAAGAUGGCUCUUGAACAUAUAUUACUGUAUGCUGUAUAGAUGCAAAUCACUAAAAGCAUGGUUGCUGGUGUGGACUUUGACCAAACCGUCAUUGUGUUUAGAAAAGAAAAAGUCAUUCCUAUACAAUUACAUAAAUUUUGUUUUGUAUAUGAUCUGUUACAUGGUUGUGUGCACAAGAAUGAGUCACAAUUGUAUUUAUAAGUAACCAAGUGCUACGAUGAGUAGUUUUCCAUCGGGAAUGUCUGUGAAGUGAAGUAUCACAAAUGAAGUGGUUAGCAAUUUAGCGGCUAGUUGGAUAUGUGCUUCAGAAACAGCCAAGGAACACUUUAAAAAGAUCACAGCUGUUUACUCUUUGAAACCUUAGAUGUUGCAAUUUCUUUUGUCUUUUCCAUAUAUCUUUAUAAGUACUCUUAAGACUAAGGAAGAGUAAAAGUUAAAGGAAAAACUGCAACUUUUCUUGUUGUUGGCGUUUAGUAUAUGAAUGCUUUUUGCCUUACCUCUGGACAUUCAACAAUGUAUAUUUUAUGAAAAUGACUUUCCUAAAUAGAACUUUCAUGCCAAUUCUGCAUGAUGUUAAAAUUAUAGUACACAAUCGGUAUGCUUUUUCUGUUUUGAAGACUCAGUUGAUUUCAUAUAUGUCACCUACAUAUAUGUCAGCAAUAAGGUCCUAGGUGGUGUGGUCUGUGGCCAAUAUAUAUCAUGUCCAAAGGCAGUUCAUAACCAUGACCCAACACAGAAUACCAUUAGCUAUAUACCAACUGGUUUACAACAUAAUAAAAAGUCUGUCCAUUUGGUGCUCAUUUAAUGAAGUUAUUAAAGGUUCUACAGCAGUAAAUUCACUGCAGAUUGAUUUAGGGUCUGGGGUUGGUUUGCGUCAUUGCACUGUAGUGACUCCUUUUGGUAGAUAAAGCAUCUGCAGGCUCAGUCGUAGUCGUAGUUCUUGGCCUAUGAAUACGCUAUUCUUCAAAUGCGCAUUUACUGGCAACUGGCUUUUUUCAUAGGCCUAUCUGACAAACUUAUUCACAAUGGUAGGGGACCAGCUGAGCAGAUAAUUAUAUCCAGUAACAUAAUCCUCUAUAAGCCAAUUCAAACACUUUUACUAAAGCUUCCAUACAACAGCUCCACUAGUGUGUUGUUACGGUCAAACUAUAGAAUCACUAGAAAUGUAUUGGAAUAAUUCUCUCACAGAAAUGUGUCCAAUUAUUGAAUCUUUUUCACCACUUUGAGUUUGAAUACACCAUGGGGCUGGCAUUUGAUCUCUGACAGUGGGGUCUUUCAUUGUGAUUUUCUGUUGAGAAGAAGGCUGCAGUCAUCACCUUGCAAAUGCAUAUAUAGAAUUCCAUUUUAUUCAGCCUUUAGUACUAAAUCAUAGCUUAUCAAUUUAUUAACCUACCCUUUUAUAUCUAUGUUGUCAAUCUAUUAGUGACAUUGUAGUGAUCCUAGCUAGACCAUGUUACAAUCUACCUAAAGUGUGUGAGCCUUAGUAGCCUACAUGCAUUGUACCCAGUAGACCUGGGUUGACCAUCCGCAUUCUUUGUUUGCCACUUGUGGGUUAAUAAAGCCUACAGCGUUAUCAUUUUCUUCUAGUC